CUCCUCCUCCUUCUCGGCUUUCCUCUCCCUCUUCAAACGGACGGCUGCAACAGCACAACCCUCCCUUCUCGCUCGGCUCUCCUCUCCCUAUUCAAACAGAUAGGACCGGCUGCACAACCACCCUUCUUGGCUCUCCUCUCCCUCUUCAAACGGACAACACCCAUCUCGGCUUUUCUUGCUCUCUUCAAACGGACAACACAGCUUCACUUCACAACUUAUCUCCCUUCUCGACUCUCCUUUCUCUUCUUCAAAGCUGAAACGACAGCAUAGCUAUAACCUACUGCAUCAUCUACCUUCUCGGCUCUCCUCUCCCUUCUUCAACGGUUUCCAGGUAUGUUCAUUGUUGUUUCCUCUCUUUAUUUUUUUUCUAGUUUUGAGUUACAAGUUUCAACAAAAAAGGCAGCAAGCUAGCUGCCAGCAACUGUUGAUUUCUUAUUGUUGUUGGAUAUUUGUUUGUUCUUGGAGGAGUUAUUUUAUUACUCCAAACAGUUUAUUACUAUUCUAUAAAAAGAAUAGUGGUCAACAACUCUUAGUACUAUGAGUUGCAUGGCUCCAAUGACCCUUAAGCCAGCUGCCAGCAACUAUUGAUUUCUUAUUGUUGUUGGAUAUUUGUUUGUUCUUGGAGGAGUUAUUUUAUUACUCCUAACAGUUUAUUACUAUUCUAUAAAUAAAAUAGUGGUCAACAUCUCUUACUAGCAUGAGUUGCAUGGCUCCAAUGACCCUUAGGCCUUAGCAAUUAUGCCAAUUCAAUACUGUUCAUAAAUAGAACAGUGGUCAACUGCAUCAGCAAUCAGCCCCAUGAGCUGCAUAGCUGCAAUGACAAAUGACCCUUUGCGGUAUUUUUUUUUUUUUUUCUUAAGAUGGUCUUUAGAGUGGUAUUGUUGUUGACAAGUUGUGAAUCUUGCAGGAAUCAAAAAUUUAAAAUGUCAUCCAACACUAUUGAUCCUAAUCUUGAUAGUAGCUCUGCUGGUAGAAGAAAAGAUCCAGCAUGGAAAUAUCAUAGUUUGGUAAAUCCCAAAGACCUUAACACUUUCAAAUGUAAUUUUUGUGGGAAAUUAACUAAAGGAGGUGUAUACCGAGCCAAACAACACCUUGCUGGAGGUUAUAGGAAUGUUGAAAUUUGUUCAAAAUGUCCUCCUCAUGUUAGAGACGAAAUUAUAGAGUUUAUGUCAAAAAAGAAAAGGAAGAAUGACUUUGAUGAUAUGCCAGAUUUUGAUGAUAUAGACACACUAGGAGAUGAUGUCGAUGAAAUGGACGUAGGGGCCUUCCAAAACCGUGGUAAAAGGCCUAUGCAAGGACAAGCAUCAUCUAUGCAACAAAAAAAACAAAGGCAACAGCAAAAAGGGCCUCUUGAUUUGUUUUUAUCUACUAAACCUAAAGUGAGUAAUCAAAAGGAUGCAAAAGGAAAGCAAACUACAAUAGAAAGUCAUGUCAACAAAGAGUUGAGAGAGAAUGCAUGUGUUUGGUUCAGUAGAUGGAUGUAUGAAGCUGGUAUACCAUUUAAUGCAGUCAAUUACCCUAGUUUUAAGCCAAUGAUGGAGGCUAUUGGGCGAGUUGGUCCGGGAAUGAAACCCCCAAGUUUUCAUGAGGUUAGAGUACCUUAUCUUAAGAAGGAGGUGGAACACACAAAAGAAAUUAUGAAGAGUCAUAGGGAGGAAUGGGCAAGAUAUGGAUGUACAAUCAUGUGUGAUGGUUGGAAAGAUAAGCGAGAUAGGUCUUUGCUCAACUUUUUGGUAAAUAGUCCAAAAGGGAGUGUGUUUAUUGAAUCUAUUGAUACAUCUUCCUAUGCUAAAGAUGGAAUGAAACUUUAUCAAUUGCUUGACCGAUUCGUGGAGGACAUAGGAGAAACAAAUGUUGUUCAAGUUGUAACUGAUAAUGCUUCAGCUAAUGUUCUAGCUGGAGAGUUCUUAAUGACUAAGCACAAGAAUUUGUAUUGGACGCCGUGUGCUGCCCAUUGUUUGGACUUGAUGUUGGAGGACAUUUUUAAAAUUCCUAGACUUAAGAGCACAUUUCAGAAGGCAUGUUCAGUCAAUGGGUACCUAUAUAGCUUUACACAAGUAUUAAAUAUGAUGAGAUCAUUUACACAAAAAAGAGAGAUGCUAAGACCUGGAAAAACAAGGUUUGCCACAGCUUUCCUCACCCUUUCAAGAUUUCAUAAACAAAAAGCUAAUUUGAGGAAGAUGUUCACUUCAGAAGAGUGGACUAACUCUAGAUUUGCAAAGGAAACACGAGGUAAGCAAGCAGCUCAAACAGUGCUCCAGGAAUCAUUUUGGAAAAAUAUUCUUUUUGCUCUCAAGGUGUCUGAGCCUCUUGUCAAGGUGCUUAGAGUGGUGGAUAAUGAGGACAAACCUGCUAUGCCUUAUAUUUAUGAGGCUAUGGAUAGGGCAAAAGAAGCCAUUGCAAAAUCUUUUGAUGAUGAGAGAAAAUAUGAGAAAAUAUUUGAAAUCAUUGAUGAGAGAUGGAAUGUUCAGUUGCAUCGUCCUUUACAUGCAGUUGGAUAUUAUUUGAAUCCAGAAUUUUUUUACUCAAAUGAAAGUAUUAGAGAAGACAACGAGGUUAUUGAAGGGUUGUAUGCUUGCAUAGAGAGGCUGCUUCCCACUGCAGAAGUGCAAGACAAACUUUCGAAGGAGUUGAGCUUUUAUAAGAAUUCUGAAGGGUUAUUUGGCAAACAAAUAUGUAUUAGAGGAAGGAAUCAAUUAUCACUAGGUAACACGGUUUUCUAAAUUAUCUAAUUUAGAUUAGAUCAAUAAUCUAUAGUUUUAAUUGCUAAUUUGUAUGUGUUUUUCUCAGUUGAAUGGUGGUCUCAAUUUGGUACUGGAACCCCUAAUUUGCAAAAGUUUGCCAUGAAGAUUUGUAGUCUCACUUGUAGCUCUUUAGGUUGUGAAAGAAAUUGGAGUAUCUUUGAGCAUGUAAGCAUUUCAAUCUUAUUAGUAAUAUUAAGUAUUAAGUAUUAACUAGAUGAUUUCUUAUAUCUUUUAACUUACUCUAAUUCUAAUUUAAUUAUAAUGGAAGCUUCAUAACAAAAAGAGAAAUCGAUUAGAGCAACAACGUCUUAAUGAUUUGGUAUUUGUGAAGUAUAAUAGAGCUUUGAGACAUCGCUUCAAUUUACGUAAAUCAAUAGAUCCCAUUUCCUUGGAUGAAAUUGAUGAAAGUAAUGAGUGGUUGCUUGGGACAAUUGACCAACUUGAUGAUUCAGAUAAUGAACUUGUACAUGAGGGCGAUGAUUUAACAUGGGCUGAUGUUUCUAGAGCUUCCAGUGUUGAAAAAGCUCACUAUGCAACUAGAUCAAAUGCUCCAACUCUAAAUUUGACAAAGAGUAGAAGAAGCGCUACUACUUCAAAUGCUCCAAUUGAACCUGAUGAAGAUGAAGAGGAAGAGAGAUAUGAAAUGGAAGAAGAGGAUAUUGGAGAUGAUGUUUCUGAUGAUGGGAAUAUGGAAAUGUUAGAUCUUGAUGUUGACAACGAGGAUGAUUUUUAGAUUAUCUAAUCUUAAUUAGGAUUUAAGAUCUACAAACCUCUUGUGAAUUUAAUCUAAUUUUAGUUAAAGACUUUUCUUACAAAUAUUUUUAACUUCUGUGAUACUUAUAUAUUUUGGUUGCUGAAAUAUGUUUGGAUUUGUUGUGCUGGAA